GGGGUUUUGACCGCGGCGAGCCUGCAUGCCGAGGCAUCUGCACAGCAUUGCAUUGCCUAGGUAAGGCGGGUAGCAUUAUGGCCGCGAUGAGUGAUAUGGUUGCGGCUCUGGUCGCUCGAACGUCUUCCUUCGCAGUAUCAAGUAUCCUGGUUAUCCACGUUCCCUGCCCAAUAUGCCCGCCGAAUCCAAGUAUCCUACCGUCGACAUCCCUAACGUUGGCCUGUGGGACUUCCUGCUUGAAAACAAGUCGCGGGAAUACCCUGACGACAAAGUCCUUUUCGUCGAAGGGAAGCGUACUUACACCUAUACCGAGCUAAAGCAAACGGCAUCAGAUUUUGGCAAAGGACUAAGAGCCUCGUGGGACUGGCAAAAAGGCGAUGUGCUCGGCAUCUUCUCGCCCAACAGUAUCGACUUCCCUGCGGUAACAUGGGGCUGCCACUUUGCUGGCGGCGUCGUCUCACCCGCCAACCCAGCCUACACCGUUAACGAGAUCGCUCACCAGCUUAAGGAUAGUGGAGCUAAAGCUCUUGUCACACAGUUGGCCCAGAUGCCCAUUGCGCUGGAGGCAUGCAAGAAAGUUGGCAUACCAGACGACCGGAUCAUCUUGAUGGGUAAUAAGGAUCCGGAAGGACGGUACAGGCAUUUCACCUCCAUCCGGAAUGUUGCAGGAACCUCUCGCUAUCGCCGUGCCAAGGUGGAUCCGGAUAAGGAUCUCGCCUUUCUUGUGUAUUCUUCUGGAACUACUGGGUUACCCAAGGGUGUGAUGCUCAGUCAUCGCAACAUCAUAGCUAACACUCUCAUGAUCACGGCCAGUGAAGGACCCAUGUCAUGGAGACCUCGACCUGGCCUUCCAGAGGGCGAUAUCAAGCUGGCCUUCCUGCCCUUCUUCCACAUCUACGGCUUGACGGUUAUCCUACACCAAUCAUUCUACCGCGGUAUCAAGACGGUCAUCAUGCCGAAAUUCGACAUCGAGAACUGGUGCCAGACCGUGCAAGACCACAAGAUAACAUUCGCGUACGUCGUGCCACCAGUCGUACUUUUACUAGCCAAGCACCCCUGUGUGGAGAAGUAUGAUCUGAGCAGCUUGCGCAUGAUGAACUCUGGCGCCGCACCACUGACUCGCGAGCUUGUUGAUGAUAUGUACAAGCGCAUCAAGGUACCUAUCAAGCAGGGAUACGGGCUUUCUGAGACAUCACCGACGACGCACACGCAGCCAUGGGAUGAUUGGCGACGAACGUGUGGAUCUGUAGGCACCAUGCUGCCGAACCAAACCGCGAAAUACAUGUCACCCGAAGAAAAAGAAGUGCCUGUUGGCGAAGUAGGCGAGCUGUGGAUUAAAGGGCCAAACGUAUUCAAGGGCUAUCUGAACAACCCCGAAGGCACGAAGCAUGCUUUUGACUCAGAGGGCUACUUUAAAACGGGCGACGUUGGCUACCAAGAUAAGGAAGGAAACUUUUACAUCACAGAUCGGGUGAAGGAGCUGAUUAAGUAUAAGGGCUUCCAAGUCCCGCCGGCGGAGCUGGAAGGACUUCUGGUUUCCCAUCCCAAAGUGGACGAUGUAGCGGUCAUUGGCGUGUUCAAAGCGGACUUGGCAACUGAAGUGCCGCUUGCCUUCGUUGUUCCGGCCCAGGGCGUCACGCCGUCACCUUCGCUCGAAAAGGAGAUCUCGGAGUGGUUAGCGCAGAGGGUGGCUCAGCAUAAGAGACUAAGAGGAGGCGUGAAGUUUGUGGAUGCGAUUCCAAAGAGCGCAUCUGGCAAGAUUUUGAGACGCAUGUUGAAGACGACGUAUGCGGAGCAGGAAAAGAAGAACGAGUCGAAAGCGAAGUUAUAGCGCGCUUCGCCGCAUUUGGACAUGGAAUGUGAACGCUGCUUCGCAACGUCGCUCCUUCCGCAUCUCAGACUUCGCACCUUCCGAGAUAAACAAGUGACACACAUUUACGUGGUGUGACUCAACGCUCACAAAUGCAUAUGAAUCUCUGCACCG